AUGUGGGAAAGACAGUGCAUCAAAAAGGGUGAUAAAAGGUUAUUGCCAAAUCGAGAGCUUACCACCACUAUCAACAACACUGGUCGAGAGUUCGACAUCACUUGGGAAUUAACUCAAAUCGAAGAUGAGAAUAAGAUAAAGCACAAGAGCCUAGCCAUCGUGAUUCUUCUAAGGAUGAUGAUUGCACAAGUGGCAAACUCAAGUUGUGAAAUCUGUGGCACUAGAGCCUCCGCUUUGUUGCUCUCCAGUCUUGAGGAGGAGGAUGAUGACUUGCAUUCUUCAGUUGGGAAUGUUUUCUACCCAUUACAGCCUUGUAAGAGGAAAAUUAGGGAUGACCCAGUUGAGGUUAAAGAUGAUUGCAUUGCUUCUGAUGUGCUUCGUGGUGUUAAGUCGGCUAAUAAGGCAGCCCUGGUGUCGGAUGAAACUUACUCAGGCAAAGAUUUUGCAACAUGGAAGAUUUUGAGUUAUAAUGUUUGGUUCCGAGAAGAUCUCGAGAUGCAUAAAAGGAUGAAAGCUCUGGGUGACCUUAUUCAACUGCAUUCCCCAGAUCUGAUAUGCUUCCAGGAGGUUACUCCCAAUAUAUAUGACAUUUUUCAGCAAUCCAGAUGGUGGAAGGCAUACAGUUGCUCGGUUUCAAAUGAGAUGGCUUUUACAAGGCCAUAUUUCUGCAUGCAGUUAAGUAAACUGCCAGUGAAAGCCUACAGCUGCAUACCUUUCAUCAAUUCUGCAAUGGGAAGAGAACUUUGUGUUGCUGAGGUUGAAGUUAAGAAAGGCAUGCCAUUGAUUGUUGCCACUAGCCAUCUUGAGAGUCCCUGCCCAGCCCCUCCCAAAUGGGAUCAGAUGUACAGCAAGGAACGUGUAGAUCAGGCGAAGGAGGCCCUAGACAUUCUUAAGAAAAAUCCAAACGCGAUUUUUUGUGGUGAUAUGAAUUGGAAUGACAAGUCGGAUGGUCAAUUCCCCUUACCGGAUGGGUGGACUGAUGCCUGGGCACAGCUAAAGCCUGGAGAAAAUGGAUGGACAUAUGAUACCAAGUCCAACAAGAUGUUGACUGGUAACCGGACUCUGCAAAAGCGGCUGGAUCGAUUUGUAUGCAAUUUGCAUGAUUUCAAGAUAAGUGGAAUUGAGAUGAUUGGCAUGGAGGCAAUACAAGGGUUAUCGUAUUGUAAGGAGAAGAAAGUGAAAAAGGAGGUUCAGAAACUGGUGCUCCCUGUUUUGCCUAGUGAUCAUUAUGGCCUGGUUUUAACAAUUUGUCCCCAGUAA